AUGGAAUCGACCAUAGAACCAGAGGAGAACAAGAUAUCUGUGUGGAUCUGCCGUGAGGAGAAGCUGGUUCUGGGCUUGUCGAAGCGCACCACCUGCGCGGACAUCGUCCAAGUUCUUCUGGAGGAGCAGAACUCUCUUUCCACGGCGAAGUCUUUCUGCAUUGUGGAGAAAUAUGGCGGCUUCGAGCGGAUUUUACCGAAUAAAACCAAGAUUUUGAGGCUUUGGCUCGCGUGGGGAGAGGAGCAGAGGAACGUGAAGUUCGUGCUGCUGAAAAGCGACGCGUCUCUGGAUAACCACGGCGCCCGGAGCGCAGAGGCGCGCGUGGUGCGCAGCAAACACAGUCCCUGUGUCACCAAGGGGACGUCACGGCCUGUUGUGGGGGACAUCUCACCCGAGAAGCAGCGUCGGGUGGUCAGGAAAGCUUUCAGGAAGCUGGAAAAGAUGAAGAGGAGGAGGACGCGCGCGGCGCACAGAGACGCGUCCUGCGCGGAGAGGAUGGAAACGUUGGUUCAUCUGGUGGUUUCUCAGGAUCAUACCAUCCGACAGCAGCUUCAGAGGAUUACACAGCUGGAUGCAGACAUCGAAAGACGUGAAGCAAAGGUGCAUUCGGACAGGAUUAAGAGACACGGGAUUAAUUAUGUGCAGAAAACUUAUUUAGACGCAAAUCCGCUCCCAAACCCAGAAGGAGACGAAAAGUCUCUGAGUGAGACUUUGGCCAAGUUGGAAGUGCACGCCCGGCAGCGCGAGGAGGUGCUCAGCUUAGAAGAGGAGCUUUGGGAGCAGGAAGCUCAGAUAGAAACGAUCACAGCUCACAUCCAGGAGGAGCUGAACCACCGCUGGAUGCUGCGGAGGAGAGAGGAGCGGAGGCGCAACCAGUCGGAGCGCGGAGGAGGUGCAGCAGCUUUCUUCUGCUCGGGGACGCACUCGCCACAAAACGAGCUGUUUGUGGAGAAGGAGCGGAUCAAAACGCAGCUAGAUGCGAGUUUGUACAUCGGUCUGCGGCUCAGCGCGGAUUUAGAGGCUAUUAGGGGCGAUUUAGAGCUGUCCCAGCAGAUUUGCGCUGCGAGGGAAAAGGAAAUGAGGGAUUUGCUGGAGAAAGUGAACAUUUUGGACAUGGAGGAGGAGACAUGCGGGACAGAGGAUAAGACGAUGGCUGGGACUUUGGAGGGGGGAAGCGUGUGGAUGGAGCAGAGCAGAGGUCUGGCCAAAGACCAAAGUGUCAACGAUGAUGACUCAGAUACUGGUUUAAGUUCUCUGCACAGUCAGGACUCAGACGGCCUCCCAGUUUGGGAAUCACUGGUUUGAUUUAAGUCACUGUUCACAUUAUUUCUAACCACAACCAAAGCUUCUAGUCUCAGGGAUGCACAUAAACAAA